UUCCCGCGAUGAGUUUCAUGGCGUGUUUACUGUGCGACACCCGUGUUGCCGUGUUUACCAAGCGGUGCGCGUGAGUAGUUUACGUGGUAUCAGCAUUUCAGAGUCCCGGUGUUCAAAGAACACGCUUCCGGAGCUCAGCGGUCUCCUGCCUUUGCAGCGGUAAUCGAGCCCUUCUCGCGAAUCCCCUCAUCGGGGAAGAGACGCUGCGUUGUUCUACCAGGCACGAACACAAAAGAAAGCCACGCGCGUGCCAUGGCGAGCGACCAAAACGCGUAGUCGUCGCCAGUCGGGAUUCGCUUCGCCCCCUCAGCGAGUGAUGACCCUGGCGCCCAAGGCUAAAGUUGAAGUGCUGGUCAGAGGAGUCACGGCGGCCGAAGAUGAUGCGCUCAUCAACAAGAAGCUUCCCAAGGAGUUGCUGCUUCGCAUCUUCUCCUACCUGGACGUUGUCUCGCUCUGCGCCUGUGCACAGGUGUCCAAGCUGUGGCACGAGCUCGCGCUGGACGGCAGCAACUGGCAGAAGAUCGACCUGUUCAACUUUCAGACGGACAUCGAGGGUCCCGUGGUGGAGAACAUCUCGCGCCGAUGCGGCGGUUUCCUCAAGAAGCUCAGCCUGCGCGGCUGUCAGAGCGUGGAGGACGCGUCCCUGAAGACUUUCGCGCAGAACUGCAACAACAUCGAGGACCUGAAUCUGAACGGCUGCAAGAAACUGACCGACAGCACCUGCCAGAGCCUGGGAAAGCACUGCAGCAAGCUCACCUUCCUCGACCUGGGCUCAUGCUGCCAGGUUACGGACCUGUCACUCAAGGCAAUCGGCCAAGGCUGUCCCUUGCUUGAGCAGAUCAACAUUUCCUGGUGCGACCAGGUGUCCAAGUAUGGUGUGGAAGCUCUCGCUGUUGGUUGCCCACGGCUGCGAAGCUUCGUCAGUAAGGGCUGCCCAAUGGUCACCGACGAGGCAGUCUCCAAGCUGGCCCAGCAUUGUGGAGGAUUGCAGACCCUCAACCUUCACGAGUGUACCAACAUCACUGACACUGCAGUGCAGGCUGUCAGCCAGCACUGUCCCAAGCUUCACUUCCUGUGUGUCUCCAACUGUGCACACCUGACCGAUGCCGCCCUCGUGUCUCUCAGCCAGGGAUGCCACGCGCUCUGCACGCUCGAGGUGGCUGGGUGCACGCAGUUGACGGACAGCGGCUUCCAGGCACUGUCCCGCUCCUGCCACUCACUUGAGAAAAUGGACCUCGAAGAGUGUGUGCUGAUAACGGACAACACAUUGAUGCAUCUGGCCAACGGUUGCCCCAAGCUACAGCAGCUGAGCCUCUCCCACUGUGAGCUCGUGACGGAUGAGGGGAUCCGGCACCUCGGUGCGGGCGCCGGCGCGGCGGAGCACUUGCUUGUUCUGGAGUUGGACAACUGCCCGUUGAUAACGGAUGCUUCGUUGGAGCACUUGGUCGCAUGCCAGAAUCUGCAGCGCAUAGAGCUGUACGACUGCCAGCUUAUCACCCGCGCUGGCAUCCGCAAGCUUCGCAGCCACCUGCUAGACCUGAAGGUGCACGCCUACUUUGCGCCCGUCACGCCUCCGCCCUCUGUCGGGGGUGGCAGGCCACGCUACUGCCGCUGCUGCGUUGUGCUCUAGUCAAGUGCAGGAGGCAUGGGGGCAAUGGGUGCUUUUAGUGAUUGCCUUUUGCUGCUGGUCAAGGUAGUGAGGAAAUCGUUAGAGCUAGACACGAAACACCAAUCAGCUACGUGCAAAUUGUGUCGACAGUCCUGUGUUUGUGGCUACAUUUAUGAUUACCUGUGAGCCUAUGGAUAGUUUUCUAAAAUGUGGUGAAAGAACUGGUGGCCAUGUGGAAGGAGGUUAUCUUUCAAGUCUGCACUUACGUGAAUGUUUGCACAUUGUGAACAGGUGUAAUUCAAGCUUUGCGUUAAAACUCUUCUUUCUGCCUUGACAAAACUUGAAGCACAUAUUAUCGAUGCCAGCGGCAGCCAUUUUGUUUAAAGUGUAGAUAUGAAGUUGACUGGCCACAAACCACUUGACCGUGGUCCCAUGAUACACGUGAUUAUGAUAGGCUUUCCUGUGUGUACAGACCCUCUUUCCAUUCCACAGUUUGCUAGACUGUAUUUUUGAAAGCACCGGCCAUUUGUUAGCGCAUUUCUCACUGCAAGUCGGUUGUAGGUACUACAGUCGUUGUGAUAGUGACAUUUGGUCAUGCCUACUUGUUGGUGGUAGCGCUUCAGCUGUGCAGCAAAUUGCUUAAUUGUUAUUAAACUUGCAUUUCUUGUUUUAACCGUAUGUUGAUUACUUAUCGAAUGUUUAGUAUUGAGAAAAUUGCAGGUAUAAUCAUAGGUGUGGAGACCUCGCAAGGUAAAACGUACUUGUUGGCCUAAGGAAUGUGGAUGGCUUGCUUGUGGUAUCAUGAAUGCUAUAUUUGUGCACUGCUUGUAACUUUAUCUAUUUAAUCAUAUUAGAGGAUUAACAAAGCACUGAACCUUUCUCCAUGUAUGUUAUUUAGUGUCCCAUUAGUUUUUAUGCUACCAGUCUGAGCCAUAGAUGUGGUAGAGCACAUCGUUGCCAGAUGGAGAGAAUAUAACUGGAAAGUAAAAGCUUGCAUCCCACUGUCAGUCCGCCCGGAGGCACUUUUUUUUUUAUCCUCCCCUCUCUUCAUCAUGUUUGGGAGUCUUUGUGAGUAUCUGCGAUACAGCAUCUGUUAUUGGGCAGCAAGCAUAUUUACCACUUUAGGCACAAUGGCAAUGAAAUGUCAUUGCAGGAAUUUUUUGAAGAUGUAGUGAAUGCCAGUCUGGUGUCACUAUUUAGUCAUGCAGGCAGGAACAUCACUGAAUCUGAAAUACAUGUUGUUAAAAUUUUUUUUAAAUACAAGCUUUUGAUUAUUCAUGAUGUUGUUUGCUCCUCAAUUUCUUAAACCCUGGAACUCGGAGGCAGCAUGAUUGUUUAUCUUAAACGUGGGGUACGUGCCAGUGAAUUCAUACAGUGUAGACGAGAAUCAUUUUCUUAUCCAUGUGUUGUCUCUCUAUAAAAUAACGAUUAUUUGUUAGUACCAAGCUACUCUCAAUGUCUUGCCUCAAUGUUAAGAGAUUGAAUGCACGUGUUAUGGUGUAUGCCUAAUGCAUCACAACACAAGGAAACAUUUCAGAAAGCAGGCUACAUUAUGCCUUGACGCUGCACUGUGCACAAAUUAAAGAAAUGCGACGAGCACAACCACUUGUGCUCCUCUGACUCCUUGUUGAGUGCCCGACCGACUUCCACAAAUAAAAAUGGCAACUGCUUGUUAUGAAAACGUGCUUAGGAUUGAAUGAUGUUAAUCCUAGCAUAGAGAUAACUACUAAAAAGGAUAAACGCACUUUUCAGUAUAA